AUGGCAGUGCCCGGCGAGGUCGCCCGAAUCAAUGACAAACCCGGCCAAGGUGGGGCGAGUCCAACGCCCACCGCGGGCCCGGACUGCCGGGGUGGCGCUGGCCCCUCAUCGCUGCGGGACUCCAACUGCCGAGGCUGCUGGGGAGACCUGGUGCUGCAACCGCUCCGGCGCUCCCGGAAACUUUCCUCGGCGCUGUGCGCGGGCUCCCUGUCCUUUCUGCUGGCGCUGCUGGUCAGGCUGGUCCGCGGAGAGAUCGGCUGCGACCUGGAACAGAGUAAGGAGGCGGCGGCGGAGGAGGAGGAGGAAGCGCCCCCGGGAGCAGAAGGGGGCGUCUUCCCCGGGCCUCGGGGAGGUGCUCCCGGGGGCGGCGCGCCGCUCAGCCCCUGGCUGCAGCCCACGGCGCUGCUCUUCAGUCUCCUGUGUGCCUUCUUCUGGAUGGGCUUGUACCUCCUGCGUGCAGGGGUGAGCCUGCCUCUGGCCGUCGCGCUGCUGGCCGCCUGCUGCGGCGGGGAAGCGCUAGUCCAGAUAGGGCUGGGCGUCGGGGAAGAUCACUUACUCUCUCUCCCGGCCGCAGGGGUGGUGCUCAGCUGCUUGGCCGCCGCGACAUGGCUGGUGCUGAGGCUGAGGCUGGGCGUCCUCAUGAUCGCCUUGACUAGCUCGGUCAGGACCGUGUCCCUCAUUUCCUUAGAGAGAUUCAACAUUGCCUGGAGACCUUACCUGGCGUACUUGGCCGGCGUGCUGGGGAUUCUCCUGGCCAGGUACGUGGAGCAAAUCUUGCCGCAGUCCGCGGAGGCGGCCACGAGGGAGCAUUUUGGGUCCCAGCUAACUGCUGGGACCAGGGAAGAUAUCCCGGUGUUAAAAAGGAGGAGGCGGUCCAGCUCCGUGGUGUCCGCCGAGAUGUCGGGCUGCAGCAGCAAGUCCCAUCGGAGGACCUCCCUGCCUUGCAUACCGAGGGAACAGCUCAUGGGGCAUUCAGAAUGGGACCACAAACGAGGUCCAAGAGGAUCACAAUCUUCAGGAACCAGUAUCACCGUGGAUAUUGCCGUGAUGGGCGAGGCCCAUGGCCUCAUCACCGACCUCCUGGCAGACCCUUCUCUGCCCCCUAACGUGUGCACAUCCUUGCGGGCAGUGAGCAACCUGCUCGGUACCCAGCUCACCUUCCAUGCCAUUCACAAGCCCAGAGUGAAUCCUGUCGUUUCCUUCAGUGAAAACUAUACCUGUUCUGAUUCUGAAGAAGGCUCUGAAAAAGACAAGUUGGCUAUUCCCAAGCGCCUGAGAAGGAGUUUGCCCCCUGGUUUGUUGAGACGAGUUUCGUCGACUUGGACAACCACCACCUCAGCCACAGGUCUACCCACUUUGGAGCCUGCCCCAGUACGGAGGGAUCGUAGCGCCAGCAUCAAACUACAUGAAGCACCUUCACCCAGCGCUGUUAGUUCUGAUUCGUGGAAUAACCCAGUGAUGGUGGCCCUCACCAAAAGCAGAUCCUUCACUUCAUCCUGUCCCAUUUCCGCAGCUAACUAUGUAAAGGCUAAAAAACCAAAUCGUCCAGGUACCCUCACUAAAAUUUCACCUCUUUCAUCACCCUGUUCCUCACCUCUCCAAGGAACUCCAGCCAGCAGUCCGGUCAGCAAAACUUCUACAGUUCAGUUUCCAGAAUCUGCCAACACGACUGCCAGACAAGGCCUAGGUUCUCACAGGGCCUUAACUUACACUCAGAGUGCCCCUGACCUGUCUCCUCAGAUACUGACUCCACCUGUUAUAUGUAGCAGCUGCGGCAGGCCAUACGCCCAAGGCACCCCUUCUGACGGCCCCCUGGAGAGAGGAGGCACAGCCCCCGGCACGCCAAGCAGAACGGAUGACACUGCUCAAGUUACCUCUGAUUACGAAACCAAUAACAACAGCGAUAGCAGUGAUAUUGUACAGAACGAAGACGAGAGCGAGUGCCCCCGGGGCCCACAGAGGAAAGCAUCCGCUUGUGGCACCUACGCACCCGAGACCAUGAUAUUUUUGGACAAACCAAUUCUAGCUCCUGAACCUCUUGUCAUGGAUAACUUGGAUUCAAUUAUGGAACAGCUAAAUACUUGGAAUUUUCCAAUUUUUGAUUUGGUGGAAAAAAUAGGAAGGAAGUGUGGCCGUAUUCUUAGUCAAGUAUCGUACAGACUUUUUGAAGACAUGGGCCUCUUUGAAGCUUUCAAAAUUCCAGUUAGGGAAUUUAUGAACUACUUUCAUGCUUUGGAGAGUGGAUACAGGGAAAUUCCUUAUCAUAACAGAAUCCAUGCCACUGACGUCUUACAUGCUGUUUGGUUUCUUACUACACAACCUAUUCCAGGCCUCUCAACUGUGAUUAAUGAUCACGGAUCAGCAAGUGAUUCAGAUUCUGACAGUGGAUUUACACAUGGACAUAUGGGAUACGUAUUCUCAAAAAUGUAUAAUGUGCCAGAUGAUAAAUACGGUUGUCUGUCUGGAAAUAUCCCUGCCUUAGAGUUGAUGGCGCUGUAUGUGGCUGCAGCCAUGCACGACUAUGAUCACCCAGGAAGGACUAAUGCGUUCCUGGUUGCAACUAGUGCCCCUCAGGCGGUGCUCUAUAAUGAUCGUUCAGUUUUGGAGAAUCAUCACGCAGCUGCUGCAUGGAAUCUUUUUAUGUCCCGACCAGAGUAUAACUUCUUGGUUAACCUUGACCACGUGGAAUUUAAGCAUUUCCGUUUUCUCGUCAUUGAAGCAAUUUUGGCCACUGACUUGAAGAAACACUUUGACUUCAUAGCCAAAUUUAAUGCCAAGGUGAAUGAUGAUGUUGGAAUAGAUUGGACCAAUGAAAAUGAUCGUCUACUAGUUUGUCAAAUGUGUAUAAAGUUGGCUGAUAUCAAUGGGCCAGCUAAAUGUAAAGAGCUCCAUCUUCAGUGGACAGAGGGUAUUGUCAAUGAAUUUUAUGAACAGGGUGAUGAAGAGGCCAGCCUUGGGUUACCCAUAAGCCCCUUCAUGGACCGUUCUGCUCCUCAGCUGGCCAACCUGCAGGAAUCCUUUAUCUCUCAUAUUGUGGGGCCUCUGUGCAACUCCUAUGACUCAGCAGGACUGAUGCCAGGGAAAUGGGUGGAAGACAGUAAUGAGUCAGGAGAUACUGAUGACCCAGAAGAAGAGGAGGAGGAAGAAGCAGCACCAAAUGAAGAGGAAACCUGUGAAAAUAAUGAAUCUCCAAGAAAGAAAACUUUCAAAAGGAGGAAGAUCUACUGUCAAAUAACCCAGCACCUCCUGCAGAACCACAAGAUGUGGAAGAAAGUCAUGGAAGAGGAACAGCGGUUGGCGGGAAUCGAAAAUCAGUCCCUGGACCAGUCUCCCCAGCAGCAUUCCUCAGAGCAGAUCCAGGCCAUCAGGGAAGAAGAAGAAGAAAAAGGGAAGCCCAGAGGAGAGGAGAUCAUAACCCCAAAGCCAAACCAGUGACAAUGGAUAGAAUGAGCUCUGUCUCCAAACCGAGUGACUUGUCACAGACUCUCUUCAAGCCAGCACAACACUUAGACACAACACUGUAGAAA